GUUUGAUUGACUUCAAGUGUUGAGCGGUUGUUAGGAUGUGGUUGUUUGUUGGGAAUGUAUGUGGUGUUUCUUAGUUUGUGUGAUCGCUCACAUAUCGGAUAUCAGUAACUCAGCUUCUGGUAUUUUUCAAUUUGCCAUGAUCGGAACAUGAACUUAAGCACAAGAUACAUCCUAGCUCAUUAGUAAAGUGGUUUUUCAAACAAGUUGGUAUACCUGUAGUAUCGUUUUUAUUUUCGGGAAUCCAUUGAUAUAUCCCUAAUUGAAGUGGGAUCCAGCGGGCGAUAUAGUCGGGGUCGUUUCUUUCUUUGGCUGACUUCAGGUCACAGAAAAGUAACAAAGAUGCCUAGUGUGACUACAACAAGUACUGUCAGUUCAUCAGGAGUUCGUUUAAUGCGUAAAACUUCAUGUACUGGUACCAACGAUCAAGCUAAUAAUUCUUCGUUUCAACACAAUCCUGACAGAAAAUCACUAAGAGAUCAACCAAAUGUAGGGAAAUAUAAGUUAAUUCGUACACUUGGUCGUGGUAAUUUUGCAAAAGUCAAAUUAGCACAACAUGUUUCAACUGGACGUGAAGUUGCUGUGAAAGUGAUCGAUAAAACUCAGCUUAAUCAGGCCAGUUUGAAAAAACUAUUCCGAGAAGUGAAUAUUAUGAAAAUGUUAAAUCAUCCAAACAUCGUUCGCUUAUAUGAAGUGAUCGAAUCUGAGCGUCAUGUAUAUCUAGUGAUGGAAUAUGCAGAAAAUGGCGAAGUAUUUGAUCACUUAGUAGCUCAUGGUCGAAUGAAAGAACGUGAAGCACGUGCUGCAUUUCGUCAAAUUGUUUCAGCAGUUGAAUAUUGUCACCAAAAGAAAAUUGUACACAGAGAUUUAAAGGCUGAGAAUCUUCUCUUCGAUGGAUAUUUUAAUAUUAAACUUGCUGAUUUUGGUUUCUCCAAUCUUUUUGAUGGAUCUAAAAAAUUAGAUACUUUUUGUGGUAGUCCACCAUAUGCUGCACCGGAAUUAUUUCAAGGACGUAAAUAUGAUGGUCCAGAAGUGGAUGUAUGGUCAUUAGGUGUAAUUUUAUAUACACUUGUCAGUGGAUCAUUACCAUUUGAUGCACAACAUUUAAAAGAUUUACAAGAACGUGUAUUACGUGGCAAAUAUCGUGUUCCAUUCUAUAUGUCAACUGAUUGUGAAGCAUUACUUCGUAAACUAUUGGUAUUGAAUCCAGCCAAAAGAGUCACAUUAAGGAAUGUCAUGUCUGAUAAAUGGUUGAAUAUUGGCUAUGAAGAUAAUAUUUUAAAACCAUAUACUGAACCACCUCCGGAUUAUAAUGAUACAGAGAGAUUAGAAAUUAUGCGUAUUAUGGGUUAUCGACCGGAUGAUGUUCGUGAAGCUUUAAUCAAACAAAGUUUUAAUAAUGUCACUGCAAUUUAUCUAUUAUUAGCUGAUCCAAAAACAAGAUUAACUUUACCAGCUGGUAGUCUUUUUCCAUCUAAUCAAUCACAAUCAUUACAUGGGAAUACAGGACUUAAUCAUCAUCAUCAUCGCCAAUCAUCUUGUUCCGAAGGUAUUACAAUUGCUGCCUCGUCUACUCCUGCUACUGUUACAGAAGAUGAAACUACUACAUCAUCGAAAGGUCAAUCUUCUUUAGACAAUCCCAAUGGGAAUAAUAACAAUAAUAAUAAACAGAAAACUAAUCAAAAUGGAUUAACAUAUCAGAAUAAAAAAUCUGGACAAGACGAUAGUGGAUCUCAAUAUAAUGGAGUACGACGGAUCAGUGGUAUCUCUUGGAUGAAACAAAGUGCAAGUGCUGGUCCAACAGCGAAUAGGCAAGAGAAAUCUAGUGUAGAUGAAAAAUCUCAUCUGCUUCCACGUAUUCGUGUAUCUGACCUACGCGAACGUGCUAAUGACUCUAAUCUAGAUGAUUCUUCUGGUCAAGAGAAAAUCGAUGAAAGUAAAGAUAUAAUGAUAGAAUCCUCUAGUGGUGGUGAUCAGUUAUCUGUACGACGUAUGAAUACUUUUAGUAUGGCAGAUAAGGUUCGCCCGAAUGGUUCAGAUUCCCAGUCACCUGGUUUGAAAUGUCCAUUGUCUAGAGCACCACCAAUGUCAAAUAUACCAAACUCACUAACUACUCCAACAACUAGUAGUAGUGAAAAUUCACCGAUCAAACAGUCAGCUGACAAGUCUUCUUCGUCAGCAUCAUCUUCAUCAUCGUCACCUAGUAAGCAGAAUGGUAAUGAACAACAAACAAUUAAAUUAAAUCCAGCUGUUCCAUAUUCAGAAGAGAAUCCCUUCAUCGGAUGGUUACGAAGAACACUUCCGUAUCGAAAAAAGCAUAAAGAUACUUCAAUUCAUUCCAAGCCUAAAACAACAACUUUACCCAUUACUACUACUAAUAAUAAUAAUACUAUUAAUAAUAGUAGUAAAGUUCCUUCGAAUGAUACUAAUUCUAUCAUUGAUAUUUUACAUACGAAUGAUCGACAAAAACAUCAACAAAGUGAUGUAAAUCGUCCAAGUAUUCCUUAUUCUUUAUUUAAUAUUAAUAAAACUAAAAAAUCGAAAAGAUUAUCAACAAAUCAAUCUGAUGAUCAUCAGAAGAAUAAUAAUCUGAAUACGAAAAUACCUGAAUCAUUUACUUUCACUGAUAGUCAUUCUUCAACAAUGGAUCCAACAUCUUCAUCAGGUACAAUGAAUUCUGCGAAAAUUACACAACAACAACAACAAAAUAAUAAACAAUCUUCAUCACCUAGUGGUCGAAUUGCAUUGCCUGAUUCCAUUUUCAAGGCACUUGAUACAUUGAACACAGAUGAGAAGACGAUUAAUAAUGAUAGAAAAAGAUCUGAUUCAAAAUCACACGGUUUUAAAUUACCUACAACAACGGCAUCGUUAAAAAGAGAUUCAAUUAUUAAAUGGUCAGUACGUCAUCGACCAAACAAUACUAUGAUGACUACAACUAACAAUAUUCCAUCUAUUGCUGAGUCGAAACAGAUGACAACAAGCAAGAAAAAUGUGGAUCCAAAUCAAAAUAUCAAUUGUUCCACGGAAUUAAAGAACUAUUCAGACUCUUCAAUGACUUUAGAAACUCCGUCAACUACAGUUUCAAAAAAUGGAUCAUCUAGUCAUUCUCGACCAGGACGAUUCUUCCGUAGUCUAACAUUAAGGAUAGCUCGAAGUUUUCGAUGUGGUCGUUUUAAGUCAGGUCAUACAAAUCAUCAUAAUAAUCGAAUUAUUUCUAGUAUACAAAAAUCCAAUCAUAAAUAUACUAAUAACACUAACUUUAAACCACAUAGAAUGAGUUUAUUGAAACCAAAUAAUAAUGAAGCUGAAUUAACUGAAGAAUUUAAUUCAUCUAAUCGAUUACAUUGUUCUUCAUUAACCCAUUCUACAUCAUCAUCACCAACAACAAAAACAUCUAGUCAUCCAUCUACAACACAACAACAACAACAUCAUCAUCAUGAUAAUGAUGAAGUGAAUUGUGAUGAUGAUGAUGACGAUACGAUGAAAUGUCUUGUGUCAAUUAAUCCAGAUCCAUGGAUAACUAUGGAACCUGGAAAACAACAACGUAAGGAUUUGAUAUCAAAAUGCAAACGAUCAUUAUCCAGUGAAUUAGAUACUAAUAAAUUAAAACAACACCCUAAUCCUCUUCAUUAUUAUCCGUAUCAUCAUGGAAUUGAGUUUCCUACCAAUAAUAACACAUCGACUAAUAAUCAGUCUACCGCCGCUGGUUGUGGCAGUGGUGGUGGUUAUCAAAAAAAGACCGGAGUCGAACCGUGUUGCCUCGACCCUCCAACGUCGAAAACUGUGGUCAUAACUUCCGACAUGCAUAAAUUGAAAGCUUCAACUAUCACAACUCCAUCAUGUACAGUAUCAUUAUCACCAUCAUCCUCAUCAAUAACAGCAACAACAACCUCAUCUCCACUGACAGUUACAACGAGAAUAAUAAAUUGGAAAACAACUACCUCAUCAUCACAAUUUAAAUCAUCUGAUGAACGUCAACAUGAUCAUCAUACUUUUUAUUAUGGAAAGAAUGAAAAUCAAAAAUUAUGGAAACCACGUCGUUUACAUUUUGUAUUACGUCUCCCUAUUAUUGGAACUGAUCCACAUGUUUUAUUAAUACAAAUCAUUGAAUUAAUAAAACGUUAUCAAUGUUCUUAUGAAUUUCUUAGUUCAUAUCGUAUACGUUGUACAAAAUUAAUGAAUCCUUCUUCUUCUUCUUCUCAUCAAUCCUCUCCUUCUUCAAAUAAUAAUAAUAACACUAUUGAUGAUGUUGAUGUUGACCAACAACUAGAACACUGUACACUAACAACAUCACCUCAACAACACCAUCCCCAGCAACAACAACAACAACAACAACAGCCUCAAUUGUCUUAUCUCAUUCAUUUAAAACAUAAAACUAAUUUAAUCAUAUGGGAUAUGGAAAUAUUUCAAUUAGCUAAACCAAUUAAUUAUGGUGUAAGAUUUAAACGCAUUUCAGGCAAUCGUAAUGCAUUCAAUAUUAUUAUGAAAUAUUUUAUUUUACAUACUACUAAUAUAACUUAAAUUCAUAUUUACUGAAUCUAUUCAUGUGUAUAACACUAUGUAUAUGUAUGUAGUUGUGUUGAUUGUUCUCCCCCCUGUCUCUCUCUCUCUCUUUCCUACCUCUAUCCCUUGACAUAUUCUAAUUGAUUAUAUGAAUGUUUUAGUUCAUGUAACCAUGUCAACAUUUACCACUUCGUUGUCCUUCUUCUUCUUAUUGUUGUUGUUGCUAUGGCUGUUAUUGUCAAUAUCAUCAUUACAUUUAAGCUUCUUCUUCUUCUUCUGAUACUAUUGAUCUCAUGUUUAUUAUUGUAACUAAGUAAAUGAUUAUUUAUUUUACAUAAAUAAUAUAAUUUCUAUCUUUUAAAAAAAAAAUUAACUAUUGAAUAAUUCAUUCAUACUUUUAAUCGAAAUAAAAACAAAAAGAUAGAAAAAAAGACCAAUAUUAUCAAUGUGUGUUGUAGGUUAUUCAAAAGAAAACCAUAUUCAUUUUGUGUUUGCUUGCUUGUUUGUUUUACCUUGUUCUUUCUUUCAAAUAGAGUUUUUUUUUAUUAUUUUUAUUUUAAACAAAUAAACAUCGAUCAAUGAUAUUUUAUUUGUUUAUUUUUCUUUCUCUCUUUUUUCUUUUCUUUUUUGUUGUUGUUGUCGUUGUUGUUGUUUUCUGUAUAAUAUUAUCAUCAUAUAUGUGUAUUUAUGUAUAUUGUUUUCUUUUCUUUCUUUUUUUCUCUUUUAAUGAUUCAUUUUUCGGUAACUAUCUUAUUGUCAUGUAUAUGGAUGUGUGUGUGUGUGUGAGUGUGAUAUCUUAGUUACAAUUGAUUUUCCACUAUAUCAUUGUUCUUCCAUAAGUUUGGUUUCCACUUCCUCCUCCCCCCUUUUUUUGUUUUGUUCUUAUCAGUUUGCUCAUCUAACAACUGAUUAUUUAUUUAUUAUUCAUAAUAUAAUUUGUAAUUAUGAGAAUGUAAUCAUAGAUUCAUUCAGAACAUGAUCUCAUUAUAUGUCAGGUUUCUUAUUAUUAUUUGUUUUUCUUUUCAUUGACCCCGGUCUUUAUUAGUUGAUUUGGUUUUUAAUCAUUUGACCGUUACAAUCACAUAUUUCCUUUCUAAAACAAAGAACAGAACUCUUGACUUCUGUGUUUGUUUGUUUCUUUGUGUGUGUGUGUGUGAAUGUGUGCAACUAUAGUUGUUUAUCUAUGUAAACUUAUUCCCAUUGAAGAGUUCACAAUAUACACAUAGAAAUGUGAGCUAAAGCUAUCCAUCUGUGUAUUGUUUUCCCGCCUUAUCAACUAUAUGGAUCAGUUGAAUAAACAUGAAUGAGUAGUAGUAGUAGUACUAGUAGGAUAAGAAUUUGUAAGGAUUUCUGUUAAGUUUUAUCAUGUCAUAUAGUAGAUUUGCUUUCUAUGCUAUGGAUAAUUAUUGAAUUUAUUCAAUUCUCCUAUUGUGUGUUUAGAAUGAUUCUUUCAAUUCCUAUCUUUUUUUUAAAAAUAAUAACAUUCUAUAGGGGAAUUAUGUUUAAUGUCUCUUGACUAGACUCCUUUGUAUGUAUCUAUCUCUAUUUAUAUUUAUAUAUAUAUUAUGUAACAUGUAUAUGUAUGUGUGACAUUCUGUAGUCAUUUAUUCAUGAUCAUGCAAAGGUAACCUUUUUCAUAUUGUAUGUAGGUAAAUCUAUGCUAAUUCAAUUGUUACAUUAUUUAUUUUUGCUGUGUUUUAUAUUGUGAGUCGCUUUUGUGUGUGUGUAUGUGUGUGUGUGUGUUGUAGAUCCGAUCAUCGUUUUGUUCUUAUUCGAAUUACUUUUCUUUGUAAAACAAUAUUAGUUAUGAUAUAUAUAUAUAUAUAUAUAUGUAUUUUUUCAAACAAUGUUGUUGCUAAUACGCUACGUUCUCCUCUUCUGCCCCACCCCACCCAAGCCCCCUUUAUUCAUCAUUUUACUAUUAACAGAAUAUUGAAAAACUUUUCAAAAUAAUAAAAAUAAAUAAAAUCUGUUUCACAUCGUUA